CGGUAAUCUGUAAAGGAGUGUAAAACUAUAGAACUCGUAAAACUGAAUUUGUGCGCAGGUAAUUUUAUAAAAUCAAAUUAUUUGUAAGAAACUAAGAAUUCGAAACUUUAAUCUUGAGAAAAACGUAAAGGAAUUUGGUUUAGGACGAAUAGAUCACUUAAUGCAAGCAAAUGGGACAAGUACGCGUGAAGCCACUGAAAAGACGUGUAAUAUAUAAUGUAUAAGUAUUAUAUUUAAUUAAGUGUUGUUUAUCUACCGUUGGUGCUACCGUUGCAUAAUUUGAUUAUCAGCUUCUAGGCUCCCCUGCAGAGGAGGGGUAAGGAAAGACUGCGCUCCUUAUUUCAAUCUCUGAUCUGACACGUUUAUCACCUCUGAGUCAAUUUGAACAAGAGUCUUGUUGGUCGGGAUCUCAUUCCCAGAAAAUAAUCUCCACAACCUUAUUGUUUCUGUGUUUCAGGCGGUUGUUGUAACCAGGAUUCAGUCGGGGUUAUUUUAUCUGAAAAUCAAAUCGGUAAAAAUGAAUUUGUGUAAUGUUUUUUUUAACCCUGCGUUAUCUGUAAAUGGUGCACGUAUUGUUUGUAUUCUGAAUAACGCUGACGCUGCCUUUAAUCUGCCGAACGUGGUAGCCUGGUACAAUAAUUCAUCUCUAAAUUAUUCCUUCUGUUAUUCUUCACCCUGAUCUUUUUUUAGUAUACUUAAGUGGGGAUGCAUCAACGGUAAAAUAACCUCAUCUCUACCUGGAUAAUGAGUUUAAUUAGUUCACUCAUAACUAUGGAGUGACAACAUAACAACAAAAAAAGAUCCUCACGCCAAGGCACUGGGGAAAAAAACCUUAUCCGAAGACAUUAGUUGAUACAGACGGCGCCCUUUAAGCCCAGUUCGCUUCUCCACCAGUUUUUCCUGCUGAAAUCCCACAUGAGACGGUAGCAAGACUCAACCUCAGUUUUUCCACUGUGAGUUUUUUUUAAUCUGGUUUCCUGAUCACACACACCUGGGCUCAAGCUUUACAAGUUAUCACCAGGGUUUGAUGGAGAUCCGGUCGGAUGACAGCUGGAACUGUUGUUAUUACUGGAGGAAUACUAGCAACGGUGAUACUACUGUGUAUCAUAGCAGUGCUCUGUUACUGUAGGCUCCAGUAUUACUGCUGCAAGAGGGAUGAGUCGGAUGCCGAUGCAGUUUCUGAUGGACCAGCUCAGCCGCACUUCGCCUGUAAUGCUUGCAGUGGGCCAGAAGUGGUUGGCUCCAUGCUCAGCCCUCCGGUGCAGCCUGCUGACAGUAGUCAGGCUGGUGCUAGUCCCUGCACUGCCACCCGCAACUACUGUCCCACCUGCUCCCCCUACAGUUCUCCCUUUUACAUGCAGACCCGGGAUGAGCUGCACAAUGGAGGCGAGAGAAUCACUUACAUGCCUGCUCAUUACGAAAAUCCAGCCCUGGCCAUCAACUUGGCCCCCCUGCAGGGUGUCCAGAUGAGUUCCGGCGAGGACAGUUUCACCAACACCAGGGCUAUCAGUACUGAGGUGUAACCCUCCUUCUUUUCCUUAUGACUGAACAACAGACACACUGAACAAUUGUGUAAAACCAGAGAAGUCAGGUUUUGGAACACAGGUUCCCAAACCAUAGAACUCUAAUCAGGCCAGUGGACAGAUGGAUUAAUUCCUCAAUGGAAAAGAAAGCACUAUGAUGUAGGUGUCCUAUUCUUUUUUUAAAGGAUACCUAUAUAAAUUCCCUUGUACUAAACAAAACAUUUCAUUGCUUUGAGGUAGAGCAAUGAUUUGAAUACCAUUAAGAGAUGUCUAUGAGAGAAAUAAACUAUAGUUAGUUUUUUAAUCAAGGUGCGUUCACAGCACUGGGAACUUCGAGCGCAUCUUUCCACUCUCCAAUACACAUUGUUUGAGGCGGUUUCGAGAUGUUAGGUGAAACACCAGUAUUUAUUUAUUGAUAUCAGUGCAAAAUAAAUAUAUGUAGGGAUUACGUUUAUUGGUUUGUGAUUCCAAUACUUAUUUUAAAAUCUGACACCAAUAUUUAUUCAUGCAAAAUAACUGCCAUUUGGUUAGAGAAGUAUUUGUGCCAUAAUCAGCAUACACUUUUAAGGCUUUUUUCAGUGCCUGCUUCACUCUUCCCCCUUAAUCUAUGACCUGUUAGGUAACCAAGAAUCUGUUGUCUGUUUUGUGGAUGUACAGUAUAUAUGGUGUCAGGCACUGUAUACAGUAGCUUGCCCCACUUCUGGGGGUUCCAACUGAGUAUUGUAGAUGGGAAGGAGGUCGCUGUACCAGAAACAAAUUAGCAAAGCUACAUUCUAGAACAUUAAGAGUAUUAAGUAGGAUGUUCUUAAAUCUACAGAAACAGCCAUCUUUGGGUCACUUAGGAGUCUAAGGACAGAGACAUUAUGUGUGUUAAAAGUAACAUUUAAGAUGACAAGUACAGUAGGAUACAAUCAGUAAUUUAGUGAAUGACAAGAUAAUUAAAUUUGUAGUUCCUAAUAAUUUCUAUAGUCAAUGAUAGCUUCCUCCAAUAGCCAUUUGUUUGGUUUGUGCUUUACCAGAAGCUCUUAGUGAUGUACGUUUAGCCAGCUAUCUCAUGAAUACACACUUGUGACACCCUUGUGACACCAACAUGUAUACUUUUUUUAACAUUUGGAAUGCUUCAACACAUUAUUACUGCUAUUACUUUUCAUGAUCUUGCCUCCAGACAGUGGUCAGGGAAACUCAGGGGAGCUUCUGUAGAAUCUGUGUAAUCUCUAGGGCCAGAGCAAGCCUCUACACUUUUGGAUAAUACCCAAAAUUACAAAAUAAACCAGUGCUAGCUCAUUCACUUUUCACCCAUUCAACUAACACCGUGCAAACUGAAAUUUUUAAACAUAGAACUUGAUUUCCCACAAUGCUCCAUUCUCUUAAAGAAACAAACAUCCCAUCUUUAACACUGCUAUUCUAAAACCACUUAUUUGCAUAUAUGAUGAUAUCUGGAAUAAUUACAAUAUUACAAUAGGCCUGCAAUUAUUCAGUUGAAGAACAGAGAUGAUAACUUUAAUGUUUAUAUAUUAUGUACAAUUAUGAAUGCCAAUACCCUCUCUGUCUCUUUUUGGAAUAUAACAAGUAUUGUUAUGACCAGGCAGUACUGUAGCAGUAUUUCUUCUAUAAGUAAUCAUCUCUAAUGGUGGUAAGAAGUGAAUAGGUAUAGAUCUGAAUUACAAUAAAACUGUGUUCAAGUUCUGAAGCAAGGCUUUAUGGAAGAUUUAAUGCCUCUGUUACUUUUAAAUGUUUUGUCUUCUUGGUCACCUGCUCUUUCCCACUGAAUUCUUUUUCACUGGCAGUGUCAGUGGUUCUGCUAGUGUCAAACAAUUCUUUCUGCUAAAGCCCCACACUAAACAUGUAACAGCUUGAUAUUUCUGGAGAUAUAAAAGAACCUUACCCUAUUAAAUUGAGUAAUCCAUAACAGUGUGACACAAUGUUGAAUAAACUAAAUAAGUCUGACUCAGCAAUGCAUGAAUGAGUACUUUCUUGGCAUUUACUCUGUGAGUAGCAUGUAGUGGUUUUACCACAUCUGUUAUCAAAGCAGGAAGUCUUUGUAUUACACUUUGGCUCUGGAUUCACUGUAGUCAAGUUGGGUAUUUCUUUCAGUGUGGUCAAAGAUGUAGAAUGCAUGCUUUUAUACCAAUUGGCACAUUGCUAAAUGUGGUACCUUAACUGGCAAUUUUGUAGAAUUUAUAAAUAUGCAAACAAAUCAGUUUAGACAGCUAUUAUAAUGUGCUUUUCUGCUCAGAGAUGUCAGUAGGACUCUUUGCAUCAUGUCUCUUCUGGUCUCCAUUGUCAGCAAGUGAAAGACUCCACACAACAUCUGAUUUCUCACUUGAAAGACACAGAGCUUUCAUCUGCUCUUUCUUAACUUACAAAAGUUUGCUUAGUGGACACUAUUUAAUUAAAUUAACACUAGUUUUAAUGGCACGAACUAUCUAAAAAAAAUACCAAGCAAAAAUAAAGCUGACAAGCAAACAUUAAUAUUCAAACUUGGGGCUUUGAUUUAGGAAUGUUGUUUGGUGAAAAUGCUGUUGUUCCCCUAGUUAAUGAUCUAGUGAUUCCAAACCUUUCUGUUAUUGAUGGCCUUUGAAUAUCAGACUGUCAGUUUAAUUAAAAAAUACAGUCAUUGCUAAAUAAAAAAUCCACUGCCUGCUGCUCAUAACAGGUAGUAUCAA